AGGCUCCGUGUCUUGUCUAUCUAAUCUUCUUCAUAGCUUCCUCGACCUCAUGUUUGUAUUUGUCUUCAGCUGUGUUAAAACCAUGAAAUUCCCCAAAAUGCCCCUUCCUCUCCGAGGUCUUAGCUAUUGCUGUAUUCAUUGUUCUUGAGAAAACUAGGGUUUUUAUUUUUUUUUUUGUCCGACGUUGCAUGCAGUUUUGUUGGUUCGGUGUGGUGCGGCUCUUCUUAGGGUUCGAAAGUUAGUCUGUAUUCAAAUUGUAUUCCAAUUCGGGAUUGUAGAUUUCGUCAAAUAUUUCCUUGUUCUAGAGAUUUUCUUCGACGGCUUUCUGUUGAUUUCCGAUCAAAUAGUAGGUUUGAGUUGGAAUUUGGCGUCUGGUGAUGGAAAUGUGUAGUGGGUAUCGAUUAUUUGUGGUGGGAUUGUGGUGUGAAGAAGAAGAUAAGUUGAAUUGAACCCAUCUGUUAUAUGGGUUCUAGAGUAUAGCUAGUGGUUCGAGACGUUGGUCGAUUCUGACUUUGCGAAGUUAAAUUCAUUGACUUGAUACUUGGGGCGGGUGAAGUGGAGCAUCCGUUGUGGAGUCUCUCAUCUGACUUCUACAGGAAGGAUGAAGAGUAUCAAGGAUUGGGUUUUCUCUCAAAUAAUAUCCAAGUCAUUGGUCUCCUCAAGACCAUUGCCUGGAAGUACGGGUUUUUUUGCUGAGGAAUCUCUUGAUGAAGAAUUUGGUGAUAGAGGGUCUGAUCACACUACCAAUUUGGUAGCACCACCUGCACCUGCUAAUACAUCUCACCAUUCUAAUAGCAAUCAGGAAAAUCAACUUCAUUCCUCCCCACAGCCACUUCCUGGUGAAGGUUCUUAUCUGUCUCAUCAUGGUACUGAUGGAAAAAGGAUGGAUCCAUUGUCAAAGGUUGAGGAUCUGCAAGUCAAGUUCUUGCGUCUUCUCCAACGGAUUGGCCAGUCACAAGAUAAUCUAGUGGUGGCAAAGGUCUUAUAUCGGUUACAAUUAGCAACUUUGAUAGGAGCUGGGGAAUCAGAUCUGAAAAGAGCUAAUCUUAGAAGUGGUAAAGCUAGAGCAAUUGCAGAAGAACAAGAGGCAGCUGGCUUACCUGAAUUGGAUUUCUCAUUUAGAAUACUUGUCCUGGGGAAAACAGGUGUUGGAAAGAGUGCAACCAUAAAUUCUAUUUUUGAUCAAGCAAAGGCUGUGACUGAUGCAUUUCAGCCUGCCACUGACCGCAUCAGAGAGGUUGUCGGAACUGUGAAUGGAAUUAAAAUAACUUUCAUUGAUACCCCAGGUCUGUUGCCCUCCAAUACAAGUAAUGUGAGAAGGAAUAGGAAAAUUCUGCUAUCUGUGAAGAGAUUCAUAAGAAAAUCCCCUCCAGACAUUGUUUUAUAUUUUGAACGCCUUGACCUCAUAAACAUGGGCUAUAGUGACUUCCCCCUUUUGAAGCUUAUUACAGAAGUGUUUGGUCCUGCUAUUUGGUUCAGCACUAUCCUAGUCAUGACACACUGCUCCUCAGAUCUUCCUGAAGGUCCAAAUGGUUUCCCUGUCAACUAUGAAUCUUAUGUGACUCAGUGCACAGAUCUGGUACAACACUAUGUACAGCAGGCUGUGUCUGACACAAGGUUGGAAAACCCUGUGCUCUUGGUGGAGAAUCAUCCCUAUUGUAGAACUAAUGUCAUGGGGAAGAAAAUUCUUCCAAAUGGACAGGUUUGGAUAUCUCAGUUUUUGUUAUUGUGCCUAUGUACCAAAGUUCUAAAUGAUGCUAAUGCUCUCUUGAGAUUUCAACACAGCAUUCAACUUGGGCCAUCGAGUAAUACUCGGCUCCCUUCUCUGCCCCAUCUUCUCUCAUCUUUUCUACGACAUCGCUCCACAUUGGAUCCAAGUGAAACAGACAAUGAAAUUGAUGAGAUUCUAUUUUCGGAGGAAGAGGAAGUGGGUGAGUAUGAUCAGUUACCUCCAAUACGAAUUCUGACAAAAUCUCAAUUUGAGAGAUUGACUAGCUCUCAGAAGAAGGACUAUCUCGAUGAGCUAGACUAUAGGGAGACCCUUUAUUUGAAGAAACAGGUGAAAGAGGAGGCCCAGAGGCGAAGGGAAAGCAAACUUUCCAGAGAGGUAAGUUUGGCCGACAGCGAUAAUCCUGAUAACAAAGAGGCAUAUCCAGAAGCGGUUAUGUUACCAGAUAUGGCAGUCCCUCUGAGUUUUGACUCGGAUUGCCCUGCACACAGGUAUCGUUGCCUUGUUAUGAGUGACCAGUGGCUGGUAAGACCUGUUCUUGAUCCACAUGGAUGGGAUCAUGAUGUGGGCUUUGAUGGAAUAAACUUGGAGACAACUAUGGACUUGAAAGGGAACCUCAUCGCCUCAGUCACAGGACAAAUGAGCAAGGACAAACAGGAUUUCAGUAUUCAAUCGGAGUGUGCUGCAGUCUAUACAGAUCCCAGGGGUCCAAACUAUUUUGUGGGUCUUGAUGUUCAAUCUGCUGGUAAAGACCUGAUCUAUACAGUUCACAGCAAUACAAAGAUGAGGAACUUGAAGCACAAUUUAACUGAAUGUGGGUUUUCAAUGACUUCAUUCAGAAACAAGUACUGUGUUGGUGCCAAGCUUGAAGAUACCAUUUCCAUUGGAAAGAGACUGAAGUUUGUAAUGAAUGUUGGUCAAAUGGGAGGUCUUGAACAAGUUGCUUAUGGUGGGAGUUUUGGAGCUACUUUGAGAGGGAGGGACUACCCUGCUAGGAAGGAUAGUGCCAGCCUGAACAUGGCACUCUUAUCUCUUAACAAAGAGAUGGUAAUGAGUGGCAGUAUUCAGUCUGACUUCCGAUCUAGCCGAGGCACGAGAAUGUCUAUAAAUGCCAACUUAAACAGCCGGAAAAUGGGGCAGAUCUGUAUAAAAUCAAGCAGCUCCGAACAUAUGGAGAUAGCUUUGGUUGCCUUCUUCUCAAUUUUCAGGGCGCUGUUGCGGAGAAGAGCAGCUGAUGGUCCAAGCAUUGAAGCAUCUGGAAAGGAAUAAUCUGUUUUGCAUUUUUAUCCUAUUAAAUAUUUUUAUUUUAAAGAGCAAACUUGUUUGACAGGGAUAUCCAUAUCCAGAGUUAAUAGAUGGGGCUCUUUUCCAGUAAGAAAGGAAAUUUAUAAAUGAGUUUCAGGGAGGCUGAUUACUAGAAGCCCAUUCGGGAAGUGUGGCAAAGGGAGCCUGUGGUCAACAUCUAGCCCUUGGCAUCUUCAGGUUCUAACCUAUCAUUCGAUCGAUGGGCCUAAUAUGGCAAUUACUCAGGGCAUCAGGCUGAGGCGGUCUCGACUUAGUAAAUUGAGCUGAGAAUUGUACAGUUAGUCAUGGGAGGUGAGUUUAGUUUCUGUAACUAUUGGAAUUACUCCAAACAGAAGAGGUAACAAAGAAUUUUCCCCCCCUUCUCAAUUUUAUUCAAAUGCUACUGAGUUUGAUGUUGUUGCCCUAUGUGGAAAUAAAGUAUUCCAAUCCUUUGAAAUUCAUGA